UUUAGCUAUUCAAUUAACUGUUUUCACACUUGCUCACUCACAGAUACUCUUACUUUACUCACAUCUAUCUACUACUAUAUGAACUAGAGAACGAACUGAAGCAAAAAAAAAACAAAAAAUGGCAAGAGAUCGAUUGCCAGAAUUAAUACAGCGCUCAAAUAGCUGUAAAUCUACGAAUGGUACAACAAUAUCGGUGGAACAACAAACCAACAUGCAACAAAAUACAACCGUAGAUGCCAUACUAAAUCCGUAUUCGGAAAUACGCACACAUUUAGCACAAAUAGCAGCAAAUCUGGAGUCAAUGAAUCGUAUGACACAGGCCUCAAACAUACGAAGUUUUAAUGAAAAUGAAAUGGAUCAAUUGCGAAAACACAAUCUACGAUUGGGCAAUCAAUUGAUGACAAAAUUUCAGGAAUUCAAAGCAAAUCUACCGGCCGAAAAUGACUAUACGCUGGAGGCGCGUAUGAAGAGAACUUUAUUUUAUGGCCUGCAUCAGAGCUAUAUAAAUAUGUGGACCAAAAAUGAGACAUUCUUACAGAAUUAUGAAUUGAAACUUAAGAAAAACUUACAAAUGCAAUCGAGGAUUAUCAAUUGCGAUGCCACCGAAGAAGAAAUCGAAGAAUUAAUUGCCAAUAAAACAACUAGUCUAUUUAUGGGAAAUAUUUUGGAAGAAACCGAAAAGGAACGCAAAACAUUGCAAGAUCUCAUGGAUCGUUUCAAUGAACUCAAGAAACUAGAGAAAUCCAUAGAAGAAGUACAUGCAUUAUUUUUAAGGAUACAAUGUUUAGUCAUGGAACAGAGUGAAACCAUACAACGUGUUGAGUUUCAUGCCCAACAGGCCACUCUGUUCGUGGACAAGGGUGCUGAUGAAUUGGAAAAAGCUGAUAAUUUGCAUAAAAAAGCUUUAAAGAAAAAAGUGAUGCUUAUUUUAAUUGCUAUUGCUGUAUUACUGGUGCUAAUUUUAAUUGGUGUAUUUUUGUGAUGUCUUUUUUUUAACUAUUUAGGUAGACUUUAUGUUAUGUUUUAAUUUAAAUUAUUUAUGUAAAAAGAAGAAGUAUUAAAGUCCAAAGAAUUUUAAAUAAAUUUAAUGGAAGUGA